GAACAGUUUCCGGUCGGGUCCCGGACGCGAGGCGGCGGUAGCAGCAUGGCUCAGGAUCCAGAAUCCGCGUCCGACACUGAGGGCUCCGACUUGGAGCUUCAAGAUGCAUUUUCAAAAGGUUUUCUCAAACCCGGAUUGAAUGUGGUGGAGGAAGCAAAGAAACGAUAUGUCAACAACGUGGUGGGUUUGGAACAAUGUUUGGAAGAAUUCAAGAAAAACAUUGACUGGAUUGAGAGGCUUGACAUGACAAAUGGCCCAGCUGCUGACAUCAUAGCAUUGACUGAAGGGAAAUCGGUGUCACAGGAACGUUCAGAUAUUGAUCCAGAUGAUGACUUCCAACGUGAGAUGUACUUUUACCGUCAAGCACAAGCAACAGUUUUAGAUGCAUUGCCUCAGCUAAACCAACAAAAAAUUCCAACAAAAAGACCAGAUGACUACUUUGCUGAGAUGGCCAAAUCAGAUCAACAAAUGCAUAAGAUUCGAGAAAAAAUUUUAUCAAAGCAGAUCUCCAUGGAAAAGUCUGAAAAGGCUAAACAGCUUCGAGCAUUGCGAAAAUAUGGCAAAAAGGUUCAUACAGAAGUUAUACAGCAACGUCAGAAAGAAAAGAAAGCCAUGAUGACAGCAGUGAAAAAGUACCAGAAAGGACUCUCUGACAAACUGGAUUUCCUUGAGGGUGAUAAGGUUACUUCAAAAACAAAGAAAGAAGGUGGAAAAGGAUCAGCAGCUGGAAUUAAACAUUACAAGCAGGGAGUAAAUGCAAAGAGGAAAUACAAAAACGAGAAGUUUGGUUUUGGAGGAAAGAAGAGAGGCUUAAAGUGGAACACCAAAGACAGUCAUGAUGAUGUCUCCAGCUUCAGAUCAAAAGUUGCUCAUUCCAAAAGCAAUAGUUUUGGCAAAGGAAGAAAGAAGAAUGCAAAUAAGCGCCCUGGCAAGAGGACUAGACAGAAGAUGAAAAACCAGGCACGAUAAUGAAGUGAAAAUAGAAGGAUAUUGUUACCCAUUCCUCCACUGUGUGGGGUAGAAUGAACUUGGUUUUCCUUUUAUCAUGCUUAGAUUUUUCAUGAACAUAUUGAAUCGUGCCUCCAGAAGAAAAGAAUGUUUUUCAUUAAUUACAGCAUAUUUGGUUAGAACUUGUUUGGUUUGGAUGGUAUCAAAAUCUGGAAACGUUGUCUUGUUAAAUAUUGGGACGUGAAAAUUUUUGGAAAUCACAUAAAUAUAAUGGUUCCUCCUUAUUACAAGAUUUAAUUACCUUAAUGUAAUUUUCAAAUUUAAGGAUAUUAAAAAGUGACAUUUUGGUCCUGGAAUAAGCUUGUUAAAUUGUGAUAAAUACAGGUCUGUUAAUGCAAAAAUAAAUUCUGACAUCUCUUUUUUUUUCCCC